AUGGAACGAGAGCUCACUGCUCUGCCUCCCCGUCACUGCCCCCAACUUGCAGCUCGGCCGCCUGGGUCGAACGUGAUGUGUAGUAAAGCGGCCUCACUGUGUAUCAGGGGGCGGGGCUCGGGCAGCGGACCUCGGGACUCGUUUGUGCCUCUUAUGGCCGGCACCAUCGUCCUCCUCCUCCCCUCGGCGGAGCUCGGGCUUUGCGCUCCACCCCCUCCACACUCUCCCUGCCCUCUUCGCCGAGGUAUGUCGCCGCUGGGUGUUCCGGGCCCCGCCUUCCUGCCGGCUCUCAUGCCCGUCAUUGUCGGGGCCCGGAGGGCGGGCACAUGCCACAUUGUUGAAGGGCGGUGCAAGUUUAAAAAUUGGAGAGCUUGGGCUAAGUGCUCCGGCUAUAGAAAGGGGCAGCACACAGAACGCGCUCUGAGGAACGCUGUGGCCACAAUUGGACCUAUUUCUGUAGCUAUAGAUGUCUCCCGACACAGCUUCCAGUUCUACAAGUCAGGUGUGUAUGAUGAGCCAGCCUGCAGCAGCACUAAGGUGACUCAUGCUGUCCUGGUUGUUGGUUACGGCACUGACAGAUGUGGAAAGGACUACUGGCUGGUCAAGAACAGCUGGGGUACUGGGUGGGGUGAUAAAGGCUACAUCAAGAUGUCCAGAAACAAGAGGAACCAGUGUGGUAUUGCCUCAUAUGCUUACUACUCUGUGGUUUAA